UCGCCACCAUGAGUGCGGAUCUGCAGAAAACGUUCAUCAACUCAGAUGCUUUCACAAUCAUCAGUGAGUUGAAGAACAUGUUCCAAGAUCUGGCUCGAGUCGAAAGAUUCGAGACUCAUAGACAAAUUCUUGAGACCAAGCUUAAGAAAGGCGAGCCCGUAAGUCCACAUGUUCUCAAAAUGAUUGGACUCAUUGAGAAUAUGAGUCGGCUGGAUCAGCAAUUUUCUCAGGAAAUGGCUAUAGACACCAUCCUCCAUUCUCUUCAUAGCGGGUAUGAUCAGUUCAAACUGAACUACAGUAUGAAUAGUCUAGACAAAACGCUCACUGAGCUUCACGGUAUGCUGAAGACCGCUGAAAAGACGCUCAAAAGUGAUAAGCAGGAUGUGCUUAUGGUGCGUGGGGGCAAGUUCAAGAAAUCUGGAAAGAAGAGGAAUGCUAAGAAAGGUGGCAACAAGGCCAGCCCAACUAAGAAAACUGGCGCCAAAUCUGUAAAGAGGAAGGUCAGUCAACCCACUUCUGAAUCCGAAUGCUUCUACUGCAAGAAGAAGGGGCAUUGGAAGAGAGAUUGCUUGAAGCUAAAGGAAGAUCAGAAGAACGGAACAGUCGUUCCAUCUUCAGGGACUAAGAAGAAGUAGAAAGUUAAGCAAGGGUGAAGUCGACCUACGAGUGGGAAAUGGAGCACGGAUUGCUGCAUUAGCUGUAGGAACUUACUUUUUGUCAUUGCCCUCCGG